AUGAUGGCUUUUUCUGUCUGCAUGAAGUACACGGGGUACUCCGGAAUCAAGUUGAUUGGCUCACCGUAUUGCUUCGAAAUGAUGGGAGAGCUGCGGAAGCAGUUCGGAUGCACAUUCGCCGUCCUGAAAGGCCUGUCACCCAUUGUCAUCACAAGCGAUGUCGACAUGAUCCGAUCUAUUACCACAGAAAAAUACUCCAACUUCCACGCCAGAAUAGUUUUUUCAGUCUUUUCUUCCAGUUUGAAAUGGAAGUUUCAGGCAGAACCUCUAGAAAACGAUCCAGUUUCCAGUCCAGCAGUUCACAUGUUUGCAGCCAGAGGAGAGAGAUGGAAACGUUUGAGAACUUUGACAAGCUACGCGAUCUCAAACAAAAAAAUGAAAGAAGUAAUAUUUACUUUUACUGGAAUUUUGAUGAACUUCAAAGAAUUUGCGAGUGCAGAACGUUUUGAAAAUGCUUCUUAUUCAGUUAUAUGACAUCAUUUCGGACUCCGUUGAUAGCUUCAUUAAUUAUCUUCAUUCUUUACAAGGAAAAGGGAUGGAUCAACUGACAGUGGAAGCUCAUAGGUUCGUUCUCAGUCAAUUUUUUUCUGCAACUUGAUUAAAUAGUAGUUAAAUAUGAAAAAAACGCAAUUUUAGUCUAUUCCAAAACCAUACCUCUGACGUUUUGGCCCGCUGUGCGUUUGGACAAAAAAGAAGUCAUCACGGCCAUAACGAAUACCAUCAAGUUUUCCGGCAAAAGUUCGGCUCAUUCAAUGACACGUCGAUAUUCUCUUUUACCAAUGUCGCUUGUGAGUUGGAAACAAACUUUAUUGAAUCUGUACUAACUAAAAGUUUCAGGGUUGCUACCGGAAUCGAAAUUUCUUGGAAAAAUAUUCAAAGCCAUCAGCAAUGAAAUAUUUACUGACGAGUUUUCGAAGAUUCUUGCCAAGUUUCGAGCAAAUUGCACGGCCAACAAUACGUCGAGACACGAUUUCCUGCAAAUUUUCAAGAACUUCGAAUCUGCCGAUUUUGAUGGCUACUUGUCGGAAAAAUCGGAUGGUUUCGUGGAUGUGAAACACGUGCGAAUCAACAAUUUUAUCACACCAGGUGUCAGUCAGAUAAUCUUGCAAUAAAAUGAGCGCGUUAUCUUGAAAAUAACAUGUAGAAGUUUUUCUCGAUUUCAAGGAAAAAUCACUAUUUUGUUUGAAAAUAAAGAUCAUAACAAACUGUUAUCGUCUUUGUUUUGAGCUUCCUUACAAAGGUUAUCACUAGUGUCCAUUAUUUGCUGACAAAAAUAUCUUCUUAGCUUCAAAACAGAGCAGAUUUUCGAAAUUACAUACAUUUCCGUCAGAAUUGAUACGACAAAACAGUUUUUUGAUCCGCACUUUCUUGUAUGAAAUGAAAUCUUUCUAGAGCUUUCUGGAAAUUUAUGACUGUUGUUUGUAAUACUUUGGUGGGAUUUAAGUUAGCAGAAAAAAGAAGUUUGUAGGUUUUAUUAAAUUUGAACCCCCUUACAUCGGAAGAUCCUUUUUGACGGUACUGUAGUAUUUUCGAUUUUACAAAAAAUGUCUACAACUCAAACUUUUUCACUGUUUUAACGUUUCAUUUUGAAUAUUUUGUGAACUUGUUCAAAACGCUUUCUUUUUUUAUGAACUAAAAAAGUUUUUUAAUUAUUGCAAAUUUUUUAUUCAGGAAAUCGUUGCACAAUGUCGAUUCAUCUCAAGCGCGGGAUUUGACACUACAGCCAACACACUGACAUACUUGUGCUAUUUACUGGCUCAUAAUCAAGAAGUCCAAAAAGACUUGAUUCAUGAGAUCGACCAACUGAAUUCCUGUUUUUCCUUCGAAAAUGUGCAAUCCCUAACGUUCUUGCAAAACUGUAUACUGGAGACGUUGAGACUGUUCCCUCACGCCUCUCCGUGAGUUUCCAGUUUUCCUAGUUUUCCAAAAAAACCAUUCUCAAUUAUUUUAUGCAGGCUGCAGCACAGAGUUUGCACUGAAGAUGUGGAAAUCGGAAGUUUCGUUUUUCGAGAAGGUUACAGUGUGUUAGUCGAUACAUGGAGCAUUCACCAUGACGUUGAUAUUUGGGGAGAUGAUGCUCUUCAAUUCAGACCACAAAGGUUUUGAUAAUUAAUUCGAAAUUCUCAAAAAUCAUCUUGCAGAUUCAACGAUUUGUCCGGCUCACAGAAAAGAGCUUUCAUGCCUUUUGGAAUUGGUCCGAAGCAAUGUGUUGGGAUGCGUUUUGCUCUGUUGGAAGCCAAGAUAACAAUGUGCCGUUUUCUGACUGAGUUUUCAGUGAAUAUCGUUGACGGAAACAAGAAGGUAACUUGAAACUGUUCGAAAAUAUUACAAUUUCGCAGCCGAUUUUGACGGCGCGUGACACUGGUACAAUUUGGCCUGACGAAGUUCUCCUCAAGUUUUCUCCACGCUGCUGUGAUGGAUAUGAAAAUUGAUUUUUUUUUAUUCUUUUGAGAAAUGCAGUUCACAAAUUUAUGCUGCAGUUUUCUCGAACAAUAAAAAAAAAAUAAAUGAAUGGGUAUUUUUUUGAAUAAAUAACUUUUUCUUAGUAAUAAUUUGGAGGACCAAAAAUUACGGCUUGUGAAAGUACAAAAGAAGAUGUGUCUUUGUAAAUUUUUCUGCACAUUCAAAGUGUUCUCUCGGAGUGGUUGCUCUCAUUUCGAGGCCUCUAACCAGAACUCUCCAGGGCUUUAGAUACGGCAUUCGGUACAUUCUGAGCUCUUCAAAGCGCAACUGAAUGAUUUUUGCGCAGAAAACGAAGCGAAGGAUAGUAAGACCAGGCUUUCAACUUGAUCAACUACAAGCUCGAACUUCUAUGACUUCAAAGUUCUUGCUCACCGCCCUUUGGGUUGAACUUUAUGUAAACAAGAUGAAUGAUGGAUUGCUAAAAAAAAAAACGAAAAAAAUGAUUGAUUGAAAUUAAGCAAGCCUUCUAGUAUUUCACCUGGAAAUGGUUUGAUUGAGCCAACUUUUUUUAAAAUUUUUUCGUUUUUCUAAAACUUCCAUGAGAAAAAAAAAACUGAAAUGACCAUCACGCCUUCCCAAGACAGGCUGACAUCGACGUGACACUUCGGAAGUGCGAACAUGACAUCGGACUGUCUCUGCGGCAAAUAUUUGAAGAGAAGUCGCCGGAGGAAACUGUUCGUUGGACAAGCCUAGCCGCCCAUUUGCGCUGCUCGGAUUAUCCGAAGCUGUUGACCGUCUUCGUCAGCUUCACAUUCUGUUACAGAUGCUUCUGUUCGCGCUUCCGCUUUUGGUCAACGUCGCUUCAGGUUUACUGAUUGUGUACAUCGAGUCAUUGGGGCAUAAAAUCGUUUAUCUUUCUUUCAUUGCUGAACAUGAUCAUAGGGCUCAGAAUUAAACAUAGAAAAUGUAACUGCAGCUGGUUUUCAAUGAUUGAAAUUAUAAGUUUUUUUUUUCAAACGUAGAAAAUCUUCAGUAAUCUUCUAGGAACUUCUAAUUAUACUAAAAAGUUACGGAAAAUCAUUUUGUGACAAUUUAUGAAGACACUAUUUUUUCUUCGUUAUUGAACUGUUUAAACUUCAUUAAAAGUUCCGUGUGAAGAGAUACAAAAAAACCGCUUUUUCGGCAAACAUUUCUUAUACGGAUUUUUUUCUUUCUGAAUUUUUCUGUAUUUAUAAUAACUUGUGUUUUUAACACUUCAGUGAAAUCCCAGCCCACACUUAAUGAAACUUAACUCCAUAGAGUUUCAAAAAGUUGGAGCUACAUUUGAGAAAGUGUUAGCAAAAUAAAAUUCCUAUCUUAUCUGACGGUAGCGUAGCCCACUUUGGUUUUGAAAAUGGAUUAUGACGGGAUUCUGUGUUUUUUCUGAUUUUUGAUCAGGGGACGAGAUGAAUUUCAAAAAAGCCUAAAAAAACUUUCAUUUGUUUUUUUUUUCGCUGAGUUCACUGUUUCAGCUUUCUACUUCGGCCCCCCAGAAACGAACCAAAUUGAUAGACACAGCGUUUUUUCGACCACCUGCGACAAAGCCGCUGAAAACAAAAUAGCGAAAUGUUCCGAGGAACUUUCCUCGAUGGGAGUUUUCUCUAGUACUGGCAAGCAAAUGACGCUGUCGGACAUGAGAUCUCGCUCUCAAGAAUACUUCGUUCAUAUGUGCAGGUGAUUGGGCUUAUACAUUAACAUCUCAGAAAGUAUAUUGUAAAAAGCCUUACACAUGUAAAAAAAAAAGAAGAAACUUGAUUUGUGAGAUAACUUUUGUUACUCAUAAUAACGCAAUUUUUAUGCACUUCACCUUGAAAAAUGGAAGAUUUUUCAGAGCUUACGGCCGUUAUAACACGUGCCUUGGAGGUUCAUACAUCAAACAGUCGUGUUACCCUCAUGAACCCAUGAAGUCUACUUAUGCCGUAGUAGACGCUGCCAUGGAGUACGUAUGUGGAGACGGCUACGAUUGUGAGUUUCUCUGCUUUUAACGAAAAAGAACUUUUUCUCAGCCAUGGUCUACAACUGGGACUGCUAUCUUUCUGUAGCAGCAAGCCAGGAAAUCACUAUUUGUGAAGCAAGCUUCGUGCAAUUAGCGAGUCGGACGGAGGAAAUGUACAACGAUUAUUCAACUGGAGCCGGAGCUUGCUUGUGCAUAUUAUUCUCGUUAGCGCCUUCUCAAGAAAUAUUUUCAGCGCUCUUCAAGCCUACGUGGAUUGUAUUCGCCCUGGAAUCGAACAAUCCUGCGGCCUCACUUCCUUUAUAACAGUGAUCCAUGUAAGUUAUUUUUCUCUAGAAAAUUGGAAAGUACAAACUUAUUCACAUAAAUUAUGAAGAAAAAACAAGAAAUCUAUCUUUUUAGGCGAUAGAAAGGCCAGUACAAGUUUAUCUACCAUUUUGCACACUUUCUUCUUCUUCACUCACGACUUCAACAUUGACUUCGGUGCUCAUCCUGUUCUUCGCGUGUUUGAACAACCUUGUAUAA